GGUUUCUGCAAUGGUAGCUGCUACUUCUUUCCCCAUUUCUCUUGCUUCUCCUACUCCCUCUUCCUCUAAAUCCCUAAAUCCAGUCUUCACCACCCCAAAUCUCAGGCUAGGGUUUCUCUCAUCGGCGUCUAAAACCUUAAAACCUCUCCUUGCUCGCCUCUCCACGAGCUCUUGCUCCUCUUCGACCGGAGGAUCUGCUCUUAGAGCUAGCAUGGUGUCCAUGCCUGCGAUUAAACCCCCUAUGACCCUUGAUUUUGAGACUUCUGUGUUUAAGAAGGAGAAGACCACUCUCGCUGGCCAUGAUGAGUACAUUGUUAGAGGUGGGAGGGAUUUGUUCCCUUUGCUAUCAGAUGCGUUCAGGGGGAUUGAACAGAUUGGUGUCAUCGGGUGGGGUUCUCAGGGACCUGCUCAAGCUCAGAACUUGAGGGAUUCUCUUGCAGUAGCAAAGUCUGAUAUUGUGGUGAAGGUUGGACUGAGGAAAGGUUCUCGUUCUUUUGCCGAAGCUCGGGCUGCUGGAUUUUCUGAAGUGAAUGGAACUCUAGGUGAUAUAUGGGAAACUAUUUCGGGGAGUGAUCUUGUGUUACUAUUGAUUUCUGAUGCUGCACAGGCAGAUAAUUAUGAAAAAAUAUUCUCCCACAUGAAACCAAACAGUAUUCUGGGGCUUUCCCAUGGAUUUCUUCUUGGACAUCUACAGUCGAUUGGACUUGAUUUCCCCAAGGACAUCAGUGUAAUUGCAGUAUGUCCCAAGGGAAUGGGUCCAUCUGUAAGGAGACUCUAUGUCCAAGGCAAAGAGAUAAAUGGUGCUGGGAUCAAUUCAAGUUUUGCUGUCCAUCAGGAUGUUGAUGGUAGAGCUACAGAUGUUGCUUUAGGAUGGUCAGUUGCCCUUGGCUCUCCUUUUACGUUUGCUACUACUUUAGAACAAGAAUAUAAGAGUGACAUUUUUGGGGAACGGGGCAUUUUACUUGGUGCUGUUCAUGGAAUUGUGGAGGCCUUGUUUAGAAGGUACACUGAAAACGGAAUGAGUGAAGAUCUUGCAUACAAAAACACUGUUGAGUGCAUCACAGGAAUAAUAUCAAAGACCAUCUCAACAAAGGGUAUGGUGGCUGUUUACAAUUCCUUGUCAGAUGAUGAUAAAAGGGAAUUUGAGGCUGCCUAUAGUGCUUCAUUUUAUCCAUGUAUGGACAUCUUGUAUGAGUGCUACGAGGAUGUAGCCAGUGGUAGUGAGAUCCGGAGUGUUGUCUUGGCUGGGAGUCGCUUUUAUGAAAAGGAGGGUCUUCCAGCAUUCCCAAUGGGUAAAAUUGAUCAGACACGAAUGUGGAAAGUUGGUGAGCAAGUACGAGCUGCACGACCAAAAGGUGACUUGGGUCCUUUGCAACCUUUCACAGCUGGGGUCUAUGUGGCAUUAAUGAUGGCUCAGAUUGAGAUAUUGAGGAGGAAGGGGCACUCAUACUCAGAGAUCAUCAACGAAAGUCUGAUAGAGGCUGUUGAUUCACUGAACCCUUUCAUGCAUGCAAGAGGAGUCUCAUUCAUGGUUGAUAACUGUUCCACGACUGCUCGAUUGGGGUCUAGGAAGUGGGCUCCGCGGUUUGAUUACGUUCUCACCCAGCAGGCUUUGGUAGCAAUAGACAAGGGUGCUCCCAUCAACAGAGACCUCAUUAGCAACUUUUUGUCUGACCCAGUGCACGGAGCUGUUGAGGUCUGUGCCCAACUGAGGCCUACAGUCGACAUAUCAGUUCCACCGGAUGCAGAUUUUGUUCGCCCAGAGCUGCGCCAAUCCGGAAAUUAAAGUUGAGAAGAUCUUUUCUAGCCAGCAGCAUUUUUUUUGAUGGAACUUGAAUUUAGGGAUCUGUA